AUGACUGAUAAAGAGAAGAUGGAAGCUGGAACAGCGGCAGAGGUAAACGCCAGCGAUUUCAGGAGCGUAAAGCUCCCUACGUUUUGGAAAGACGACCCCAAGCUAUGGUUCGCUAUGCUGGAAAAAGAAUUUUCGGCGUACGGGGUGAAGUCUGAUGUGGUAAAAUGUGCAUCAGUAUUACGACAUUUGGACGGGAAUAUCAUCAGAGUCGUCGGAGACAUAAUCUCAGCCCUGGAGUGCGAGGAUUCGUACAGACGGAUUAAAGAAGCGCUGAUAGAGCGGUUGGCGUCGUCUGAGGAGGCACAGCUUCGACAGCUUCUCACAGGGAUCGAGUUGAACGGACGGAAGCCGACAGAAUUGUUGCGGGAGAUGCAAUUGCUCGCCGGUGCAAAGGUUAGUGCAAACGUUUUGCAAACGCUAUGGCUUCAGCGUUUACCCACGCGGGUGCAAGAACUCCUUGCUGUGGUCGACGACGCAGCAUUGGAUAGGUUAGCAGCAUUAGCGGACAAAAUGAUCGAAAGAUCGUCGUUUCCGGAAGUGGCAGCCAUUACGGAAAGCGAGUCAAAUACGCAUCGUAGAAUAGCACCUCGUGAACAAAGCUCAGAGAUCAAGACCCAGAAGCCGCAGCCGAGGUCGAUUCUUUAA